GGACCAAACCACAACCGAGGGCCCACAGCCAAUCAGCUGAAGGUAGAGAGGAGCCUUCCAAGAGGCCAUCAGAGCUUCAGAGUCCACGAGGCUACAGAGUGAGAGGAGGCCUGAGGCUCUUGGAUGGGCACCAGCCAGCCAUGGCCACAGCUGACACCACCUUGCCUUCCAUCAGUACGCUGGCUGCCCUAGGCCCCUUUCCAGACACACAGGAAGACUUCCUCAAGUGGUGGCGCUUUGAGGAGGUGCAGGACUUGGGCCCGGGUCCUCCGGACCCAACUCGGCCGCUCCUCCACGUGAGACCAAAAUCGGAGGACGCGCCUGGGGAGGAAGAAGACCACAAUAGGGACCCAGCCACUGCCUGGGACCUGGAUCUCUUCUUUACCAACCUGCCGGGCCCAGAACCGAGCGGCGUGCCUCAGACCUGCGCUCUGGCGCCGGGCGAAGGUCCCACAACGCAAUUCCCACCGGAGCCCGAGACCCUGGGAGCGUACGCGGGUGGCCCAGGGCUGGUGGCUGGGCUCUUGGGUCCCGAGGAGCACCCGGACUGGGCGCGCCCGGGUCCACGAGCCCCAGCCCCCGACACCUUCGUGAGCCCAGCCCUGGUCCCUGCCUCCGAGCCCAAAGCGCUGCCGCUGCUGCAGGUGUAUCCGGGGCAGGGUGCGGGCUCCUCCGGCAGCUAUUUUCCGCGGACGGGGCUUACAGUGCCUGCGGCGCCCAGCGCCCCCUAUGGGCUGCUGUCCAGAUACCCAGCGCUGUACCCGACCCCGCAGUACCAAGGGCACUUCCAGCUCUUCCGCGGGCUCCCGGCGCCCGCACCCGGCUCCGCCCCGCCUCCCUCCUUCUUGAAUUGUCUGGGACCCGGAACAACGGGUGCGGGACUCGGGAGAACCGCAGGAGACCUAAGGGAGACCGUGGAGACCGUACCAUCCAAGCGCAGCCGGCGCUCGUGGGCGCGCAAGAGGCAGGCGGCGCACACAUGCACGCACCCGGGCUGCGGCAAGAGCUACACCAAGAGCUCGCACCUGAAGGCGCAUCUACGGACGCACACAGGGGAGAAGCCAUAUGCCUGCACGUGGGACGGCUGUGGCUGGCGGUUCGCACGCUCCGACGAGCUGACCCGCCACUACAGGAAACAUACUGGACAGCGCCCCUUCCGCUGCCAGCUCUGCCCGCGCGCUUUUUCGCGCUCGGAUCACCUGGCCUUGCACAUGAAGCGUCACCUUUGAGCCACACCACCACCCUGGACCUGGCCCUUGGACCUUCCCGAGGACUGGGGAUGGAACAAGACCAGAUCAACACAGGGUGGUUUUCUUUCGGAUGGACCCUUACCUGGACUCUUAACCCCACAGAUCCCCAGAAAGAUCAAGGACUGGCCCAUAGACAGACCUGGGGGAGCCUCCAGCUGGAAGCUCCCACAUGUCCUCAGCCACAGGGAGCCACACAGAGACUUCUAGGGUCAGGCAGACCCAAUGAGACAGAUCUCCAAACAAAUGAACUCAGAUGGACAUUCAGACACUUCAGACAGAGAGACAGACUCUCAGAGAGCUGGACCCUCAGGCCAGAUCAGAGGUGGCCCUGGACAGUGCCAGGAGUUAUGGGGUGAAGCUUUUAGAGACUCUGGGUCUAGAAGGGAUCUUCACACCUUAAUUUCUGAAGCUCCACAUAGUGGGUGGCAUCUGCUGUGAAUGGUUAUGGGUCCUGUACUAAUGCCCCUGCUAGAUAAAGCUUCAGCUGUAGCCCGGCUGGUGUGGCUCAGUGGUUGAGCAUUGACCCAUGCACCAAGAGGUCACCGGUUCGAUUUCCGGUCAGGGCACAUGCCCAGGUUGU